UAGGUUUCACUAUAUACAUUUAAACCAUGCCACGAAUAAAAGAACCCACAAGAUGUUGCCGUCCAUUCAAUAUUGCUCACAUGGACGAAAUCGUUAUCUGUUGUGUAUGCAUUUACACGUCAGCAAGUUGUUCAGGGAAAAUAUAAGUUCCGUUAUUUUGGCGAUUUGAUCAUGUUGAGUAACACCAUUUGGGAGUAACUUAGUUUGUUAAUAAUGAGUGCAAGAUCUGUCUUUGGAGUUGUUGCUUCAUUUUUAUUGGUGGCAUCGGUGAUAGGUCAACAGUUUUCGUCUACUGUUGAAAUCACCAAAUUUUUAGAGAAUGAGAAAAGUGUGCUUAAUAGUUUACGAAACUAUAUUUAUAGACAAGAAAAGAUCGGACAACCCGUUGAAGAAAAUAUUAAAAAUGCCAUUCAGUUGUUGAAAGACGAAAAUAACAAGUCCAUCUCUAUUCUACCGGUUACCACUGCUUUGACGGUAUUUCAUUUUCUGUCUCGUGCAUCGCGUGAUUGGGCGAGAUUACACGAGAGAGUCACGUGCGAAGAACAUGAUCAAUGUCCGUUCCUCACAGGCGCGGAUGUUAUUGACGUUGUAAGAAAGCGUGAAGGGAUCCUUUGGCCCGAAAAACGUGACGUUAUCCAGGCAGCCCUCGGGGUCCUGAACGUCUGGAGCGUCUUCGACCUUGACCUCGCCACAUUGACGUCAGGGGCUCUGAGCACGGGGCAGUCUAAGCCAAUGUCUGGAGACGACAUCUUCUUCAUUGGCAAUUCUGCAAGGGAUUCUGGGAAGUUAUUUGAAGCAAUCACGUGGUUUCAGUAUCUCGUAGACCAUUGGUCAAGCUUCAAAGUCCAUGAAGUGAAAUAUACUGCGUUGGUUAGAACACUUGCCAUGGCACUAAAAGAGUACGGGAUGACACAGCGAGGUAUAGAGCUCUUACAAAAGGCGAGAGAUAAAGAGCCCGCCGACACAGCCUUGGUUCGAGACUUGAAUUAUUUGCUUACCACGACGGACGGCCGUGAUGUCGGCAAGGCUCUGCAACCUGUUCAAGCACCAGCCGACGAUGUUGCGAUACAGGAAGAACGCUUUCAAGACAUUUGCAGAUCGUCACUGAAUAAGGACUGGCCGGUAACGCCAAAACAGUUGCAUUGCUAUCGUCUUCGUCUGUGGAACUAUUACGGAUUCUCGAAACUGGAACUGUUGUCAUGGCUACCAAGAAUAGAAUUAAUUUAUGACGUCAUUAACAAAAUGGAAGCUGGAACGUUAAUUGCACAAUCUGGAAAUGAAAUAGUGUUUAAACAGAGGGACAGGUUAGGGACCACAGCGUAUGGUUUAGUGGACGAAAGACACCUCAGCGCUCCUAUAUGCGAGUGGAACAAAGCGUUCCCUUCGCUGCUCACGAAGGUCACACAGCGCCUCGAGAGCGCCACGCAUCUGUACCUGCGCCACGCAUACAAAAACCCGAGCAGCGACUGCUUCCGCAUGUCCAAUCUUGGCCCUGGUGUACCAACGUGGCCUCGAACGGAUUACUUUGACAAGGAAAUGUUCUUGCAUACUCAUACCGGAAACAGACUGGCAACCAUCAUGAUUCAACUAAACGAUGUUGCACAUGGCGGACAACUGGUGUUCCCGCAAUUGAAUAUCACCAUUCCUACCAUACAGGGUUCCGCAGUGAUAUGGGAAAACUUGAAGCGGAACGGACAACCAAGUGAUCGGUCCAUACACCGGAACUGCCCCUCACUGGUCGGGCCGCAUUGGGGCCUGUUCAAGAAUGUCUUCUAUUCCAAUCAACUGUUUCGGAGAAGAUGCAUGCAGUAUAAGAAUAUCUUAUUUUCAUAAUGUAUUAAGGAAAUGCUUUUAAUCAGUAAUAGUUACGUAAAUCUCAUACCCACGUGCUAGUGAGUUUUUAUUUAACGUACGCAUGAUUUUGUAGAGCGUGUUUAUAUAUCUGCUAACUGUUUGUUAAGUUCAAAAGAUAAACUAUUGGAUAAAAAUCAUGAACGCAUGUAAAAAGAGUAUUAUCUAGCUUUUGAAAUAUGCAGAAUUUAUAGAAGAAUGUAUCUGUGAAUGCAUGCUGUAUACACAUCAUGUACAAACUCCAGAAAUAAACAUAGCUAUAAUAAAA